CGCGUGUGGCUGCGGCGCAGCCCCGCUGAGCUCAGUGUUGGUGGCCAACACUUGCGAAGUGAGCCAGGCAACAAUCCUAAAGUGUUCGAUGCUUCGGCCAUACUUCUCGAAAACCUGAACAUGGUUGGUGUUCUGGUUGUGGAACCCUGAUAUUUGGAAAAACGCGUCGAAGCUAUGACCGGCGAGAAAAGGAGCUCUGACCUCUCCAGACUCAGUGUCAAACGGGGAGGGAAGCUGAUAUCCAAAACAUUAAGCAAAUCGUCAUCGCCGCCUUCAAUCAGUGCACCGCCCAAGGCUGCUGUUGGCGCGUCGAAAGCAAAAAAAGAUGAAGUGCAACGGCGGAAGAACUCAUUCCAGGAUAUGUUCAAAAGCUCAUCGAGAGAUAAGGAUGGCGCACAUGCUCUAUUGUUGAACGUUUCCACCCCAGACGCGACUCUGCCGUCUUCAUCUUCAAGCCAUGGUGUAUCGCCAAGAACUGCAACCACCGAUGCGGCUGCAGACGGGAGUCGAUCUCUGAGGUCCGGAGAACCGUCAAAGUCAGACACUGACCGGCUGGCGGCACUCGAGAGGGCGUUUGCGCUUGCGCAAGAAGAGACGGCUACUCUUAGACAAGAACUGGACAGGGUGAAGCAAGAUGCACAGGCCGCAGCUGAGAUCUCUAGAUAUCAGGCUGACGAAGCACAUCGGCACGAAAGUAUCGUCGAGUCCCCUCGGCAAAAGCAUCAGAGGGUCGAUGAAAUUGAGGACGACCUCGUCGCCCAAAACCUCGAAUUACGCAGUCGCCUCACCGAACUAGAGGACGAGCUCACUACACGAUCCACCGUGCGUAGCGAAAAAGAUUGGGAUGAUCUGGCGUUGCGCCUUCACGAAGCCGAGAAGGAAUCGCAUUCACGCUUUCAACAAUUGCUGUCGCUCAAGUCUAGCAUCUCGUCCCUCACUCGUGCAGACUCGCAAGUCAGUGACAGCGAGCUUGCAGAUUCGUUCUCUCAGCUCGCAAACAGAGUCCGUGAAUGGACUGUAAAAAACUAUCGGCGAAACAGACCGAGCUUCGAUAAUCUUCCCAACACAACUAUCCAGACACUGCGGUCUAUUAAGGUCAAAUAUGAGGAAACUGAUGGAGCGGAAAAGCUUGCGCUCUAUCAGGCAAUUGUAUCUCGCACGCUAAUGCACAUAUUCGAAGAACCUCUAGUCGUCGGCAUGCCGGAUCAGGGUGUUUUUGCCGGGCUCAGAGCGUUUUUUGAAGGCACACAGCAUGUAGGCGCGGAGUCUUGGAGGCGAGCAACACUUCUAGUGGUGGAGAGAAGUGUGCAGAUGGCGACAAUUCGCGACUGGAGGGACAAGAAAGUGGAUAUGUUGGCUUCCGAGCUCGAAGCCACCAUGCGGUCUAUAUCCUCCACGGAUCUUACGACGAGCGCUCGAGCUGCACUGAUUGGUAUAUUGAAAUCCACAGCGGAUUUGCAGUGGACUCUCUGUAUGCAAAGAGCGAAGUAUUGCGUUGUGUUCCUCGACGCACUCCACGAUAAACACCGUCUCUUCGAUGACCGCGCAAUGGAGCCUGUCAACGACCUAGAGUACAGUCUAGGAGACGGAGUGGAGUUGGGCCAACGCGGAUCCGUCUUCUGUGUCUUCCCGUCCCUCGAAAAGAUCGAGAAUGGUAUUACAAACAUUGUCUUCAAAGCGAGGGUCUGCCGUGGAGUCGGGUAGUAUUAUCUGCAUUCACAUGAUCGGAUUUCUUCAUACAAUC